AUGGAUUCUAGACUGUUUGCCGGUGUGGUUGUCCCGCAGCUUAUGGGCAUCCAUUUUCGAGGGUUCUUCUGCAAUGACGAAUCAAUCCAGUAUGCCUACAAGGAAGAUACAGUCACUCCAACAGUUCUUUUUCUCUAUGUCUUCGUUGUGAUGAUAGUUGCGGUGGUGGCGACAGAAACGUACCGUGCGAGGAUAACUGAAGGCUCACCCCCAAGGUAUAAACUCGGCAGUGCUAACAUUCAUGCAACCAUAGUUCAAGUAAUUAUUUACAUAGGAUAUUCUCAAAUAGGCUUCAUGUGCGUGUUCGUGCUGACAAAUUUGACGAAGCGCUGCGUUGGACGGUUGAGACCCCACUUUCUUGAUGUCUGCAAGCCCUUGAACAUCACAUGCAAUGGACAUGAAUACUAUGACAAAUAUGUGUGCAGUGGUAAUCCAGAUAUGGUAACUGAAGCACGGAAAUCGUUCUUUAGUGGCCAUUCCUCAUUUGCUAUGUAUGCAUCGACGUUUGCAGCGGUAUACUUGCUUGCACGGAUGCCUCGCCACACCUUAGGACGAGCAGUUUUGCCAGUUAUUCAAACUUCACUGUUAGCCAUUGGACUCCUAAUAUCCUACUCACGUAUCAACGAUAACAAACAUCACUGGAGUGACGUGAUCGCCGGGAUUCUCGUUGGUAUGGUUGCUGCAAUAUGCACGUGUGUUAUGUGGGGAAGAAUGUUCACAAAACCAAGUGACGAAGGUGCUACCGAUAUGCCGACUAAACACAGAGUACGCAAGUGGAAGCGCAGUAACAUCUGCAGGUACCGGCCACGAAUAAAAGCGAUACAUCGGCACUGA